GUUCAGCACGCCGAGACUAUUGCCGCAUCAAUUGAUGCUCGACUAGGUUUGGUACAAAAGGCGAUCGAUUGGGUCCAGGCGAUUAGAUGAAUUCUUUCAUGCGCAAAGACAAUCAUGGCUCACUCUUCGGCAACCGACCUGAAGAGCUCUGGAAACACUGAUAUCGAAAGACAGGUCACCUACGAGGCUCCUGUCGUGCUAGCUCCUGCCCGGAAGACGUUGGGUUCUGGAACAGCACUUCCAAUCGGGGUGUUUGCGACGACUCUGACGGCACUAUCAUUUAGUUUAAUGGAAUGGCGAGGAGUUACCACAAACAAUGUCUUCGUAGCCAAUUUCUUCUUCGCGGCGGCCUUUGGCAAGUUGCUGAUGUGCCUGGUGGUUACUGCACAGUGGGAGCUUUCCGUGGGAAAUGGCUUCGCAUAUACAGUAUUUAGUGCUUUUGGUCUGUUCUACGCCGGUUAUGGAGCGAUCCUGACUCCAUCCUUUGGAAUUGUGGCGGCAUACGGAGAUAAUGUAAAAGAGCUCAACAAUGCUCUCGGGUUCUUCAUGAUCAGUCAGACGGUUUUCACCUUGGCAUUCCUGGUAGCAUCAUUGCCAACAAACUUGGUAUAUAUCAUAAUCUUCUUUACUGUGGAGCUAGGGUUCCUAUUAGUCGCUGCAUCCUAUUUCGCUAUAGCAGAUGGACAUGCCCGUGCCUCAAGUGCUCUCAAGAAGGGCGGUGGGGCUUUCUGCUUUUUAUCCGGAUUGACCGGAUGGUACCUGGAGUUUGCCUUGUUGUUAAAGGACUCAAUUGUUGAGCUACCACUUGGAGACACUUCAAGGUUCUUCGCGAAGAGUAGGAAGACAGAGUAG